GCGCCUCGAUGAGAGCUCUCAGGCAUGCUUCAGAGAGGAAGUCUCACGGUACGUUGACAAUAAAUGGUGGUUAGAAGACGAAGACGACAUCACCCACGACGAGUCCUAUAUAUGUGUGUUUCCCAUGAGUCAGCCAAACCAUCUGGGGCAUAGGAUGCGACCCUGUGCAGACUGCAG